AUAGUUACUCACUACCUGGCUGAAAUUAAUUGAGGACAAGGCUCAGUACUUAAUGCCUGUAUGACUACAUUCCAGACUCCUUAGCUAUGAUGCCAGGAGACAAGCCUGUACUUUAUCUGUGGAGUAUAUAAAAGGAAGUAAGUGAAACACCGAAGCAAUAGUGUCUCGGGAUAAUGUUGGGAAUACAGGCAAUUUUUAUUGCUGCACUGAUGUGCCUUCUGAUUCUCCACUUUCUGAAACCGCUCUGGUCAUCCACAAUCUACCCUCCUGGACCUCUUCGGCUUCCUUUCAUUGGAAGCAUUUGGCGAUUAGCAUACAAGCGUUCUCAAGAUCUUUUAAUUAAGCUGGCAGAGCAAUAUGGAAAUAUUUACAUUAUAUGGAUGGGAUCUACACCUCUUGUUGUACUGUCUGGAUAUGAAGCAGUGACAGAGGGGCUGAUAAACCGUUCCGAAGACUUUGCUGAACGGCCCAUGAGCCCUUGUCUUAAAGUUUUGACAAAAGAAAAGGGUAUUAUAUGUUCAAAAGGCAACACCUGGCAGCAGCAGAGGAAGUUUGGGCUAAUCACUAUGCGGAAACUGGGACUGGGGAACAAAGUCAUGGAAAACCAAAUACAAGAGGAGGCCGAUCAGCUUGUUGAGAAUUUUGCAGGUGCAAAAAAGCAGCCAUUUGACCCUUAUUUGUACAUCAGAAAGUCAAUCUCCAACGUGGUCUGUGCUAUGGCUUUUGGACACCGGUUUUCUGUUGAAGAUAAAGAAUUCCUCAUGAUGAUUGAAGUCCUUGAUAAUUGUAUGAGAUUCUCAGGCACCUUUUUUAAUUUUUUGUAUGAAAUUUUCCCAAAACUCAUGGAUCGUCUCCCAGGGCCUCACAAGAAGCUAUUUGCACAAGUAGAGGAUAUACAAUUAUUUGUAAAGAAGGAGAUCGAAAAACAUAAGGAGUAUCAGGCCAUGCACGACCCACAAGAUUUCAUUGAUUUCUAUCUGCUUCGAAUAGAGAAAAGCAAGAACGACCCCAAAUCUACAUACAAUGAAGAGAACCUGGUUCAGUGUAUUUUUGACCUCUUCAUUGGAGGAUCAGAAACCACCACCAUUGCUUUGCAAUGGGCAUUGCUCCUCAUGGUAAAUCAUCCAGACAUUCAAGAGAAAGUCCACAAGGAGAUGGAAGAUGUUUUGGGUUCUUCUCUGUCAUUCAACUAUGAGGAUCAAAAGAGGCUGCCUUAUACUAAUGCGGUGAUUCAUGAGAUCUUGCGUUCCCACUACGUUCUGUUUUGUGGGGUCAACAGACAAAGUGUGAAGGAUGUGAACAUGUUUGGUUUUCUCAUUCCCAAGGGAGCCAGUAUUAUUCCUGAUCUCCGCUCUGUUCUUCUUGAUCCCAAGCAAUGGGAGAAACCUCGGGAGUUCCAUCCAAAUCAUUUUUUGGACAAAGAUGGAAGAUUUGUGGAAAGAGAAGCAUUUCUUCCAUUUGGUGCAGGGGCCCGAGUGUGUCUGGGGAAACAGUUGGCGAAGAUCGAGCUCUUCAUCUUCUUUACCACCCUGCUGAGGGCAUUCACCUUCCAGCUGCCAGAAGGAGUGAAAAAACUCAGUGAAGAUGUUAUACUAGGGGCAUCAGUGCACCCCUAUCCUUAUAAGAUCUGUGCUGUUCCCUGCAACAGUGCAUCAUAAAUUAUACAAAAAAGACUGCAAUCCUAAGAAGACAUUCUUAGGAGUAAGCCCAUUAAACAGACCUGAAUAGGAUUCUUAGUGGACCUCCUGCUUAUGGUGGCCAUUAAGAAUGGUGCAUUUCUUAAUGUUGAUUUUCCUUCAUUCCAUUCACUUCCUCUUAAUCCUACUCUGACCGACUUACUCUUUUCUGUAUUUGAUUUGAACCUCCACAGGAUGGAAUUCAUAUCUUGUUUCCAGAGUGCCGAUGCAACUGUCAGGGCAAAGAAGGUACUCUCCAUAAAUUCCUGUCUAGCUAGAGCUUGCUGCCCCCUGCAAUUUUUUUCCUCUUCCUCUUUGUACACAAGACAUUCCAUUCGCCAACACCCUUCUCAAGGUCUUGUGUACAAAGUCCACAACUUGUCUCAAGUUGGUGAGUGCAUCUGCAAUCAUUUCUUCUGUAGUACAAUACUGCAACUCAGCAAGUCCCUCCUCUUGCAUAUUUCUUACUAAGUGAUACUUUAUAUCCUAUGUGUUUAUUUCUGAAGUUGAUCAUUUCUGCCUUUAGAAGAGGUAUGCCACUCUGAUUGUCUUCAGAGAAUUUGGGUCAAUUUAUUCCGAAGUCUGGUCUUACUUGCAACACCCCUUUGAAUUGUCUGCACACUUCUGACGUGGAUACAUAUUCAACCUUAGUAGAAGACAUAGCUAUAGUCCCUUGUUUUCUGCAGCUCCAGCUGAAGCUCCUCUGCCAUAGAAGAACAAGUGUCUGCUGGUGGAUUUUCUCUCUAUAGUGUCUUCUGCCAAAUCUGAACCCAUGUAUCCCACUCAUCUGGGAUUGUCACUUGCUGGUAAUUUUAGUUUUAGGCAUGCAGAGCCAUUGAGAUACUUUGCCAGUCUCUACUUUGUUCCACUCACUUUUGCUCAGUGAUUCAGUUUUUCUUCAUAAUAUACCCUUAGCAGCUGCAAUGUUGGGCUGUGUCACUGUGCUUAUGUUGGGCUGCAAUGUUGGGCUGUGUUGCAAUUAGGAGAUGGAAACGGGACUUUCAAGACUUCCUUGUACUAGAAUACCAAGAAAGGUUUUCCUUUUCUGCUUGAAACUGGAGUCAGAAGCAGAGGAGAAAUAUCGUGUUGGAUCUAGUACAAAAUUCCUGUUUGCACUAGAGCUUUUGUACAGAUGUGGAUGCAACAAAAAUAUGGCCACUUGCAUGAAGUCAAACUUCAUGUACUUCAAAUUGCAUUUCUUCUUGCAGAGUUUCUUCUCUGUACUGCUUGUUGUUCAGCAUAGGUUCACUUUUUCCUUGCUGUUGCAGGUAGUUUGUUUCCAUAGGAGUAUUUGCUGGUUUGGCUCCUUCAUGUAGUCAAGGAAUUCCAUGACAUUUGCUUCUGGUUGAGAAGAUGGCUCUCAUCUUCCUCUCACUCUGUUUGUAGACCAAGGGCCAAGCUACAAGUGAUGAAUGACACUUGAAUGUCAAGUGUGUUUCUCCCUGUUCACUUGUCCUCCACUUGUGCUCCACUCAAUCCACUUGCCGUUCAAGUGUCAUUUGUCACUUGUAGCUUGGCCCCAAGACAGUAGUUGAUCUUUCCUAAUUGUUUCACUUGAACGUCUUAGUUCAAGCCUUUAGCUGUUUCAUCACAGUCCUCCUUGUCUCCAUAGCACAGGAUUAGAUCAUCCACAUAAGUGAGAAUGUAAGUCCAUUUGUUGGUUAUGUUUCAUGAGUAUAUAGGCAGAGUUCUGCCCUGCCUUGCUCGAAUCCUUCCUUGAUGAGCAUUUAAUUCAGUUUGUCAUUCCAGGCCUUUGCAGCCUGUUUUAGUCGGUAGAUGUGAGUUCAAAUCCUGGUGACUGUGCCAUAUAAAUGUCUUCCUUUAUUUCUCCAUGUAGAAAAGCAGUCCUCGUGUCUCCAUGUUACACAUGUAUCUUCCUUGCUGCUAUGUUCAGGAGUGUUCUUAUUGAAGUAUGUCUUUCAUUGUAACCUUCUGCAUAUUUUUAGAGUAUAUUUUGGCAACUGAUCUGGCCGUGUAUCUUCCCAUUAUGCAUCCUACCGCCUUCUUCCCUGGUAGUAGUUCUAUAAGUGUCCCCGUUUGGUUUUUCAUUAGUGAUUCAAUUUCUUCUUAUGCAGCUUAUCUCUAUUUUUCUGCUUCUUUUGCAGGCAUCUUUUCAAUAGCUUCCCAGUUGGAAUGUCCAGGUAUAGCUUUUGUUUUUUUCAAGAUAAGGAAGUCUUCUUGGUGAUAUAUAGAGGGAUGCACUGGGAAAAAAAUCUGUUUCAGUUUUGGAUCUCGUGAUUCCAAACAAACUAUGUAUCAUUAUUGUUUUUUUAUGGCUGGGGAGCUGCCAGUUUGGAUCUAAUCCAGUUUUUUUAAAUCAUGAAAUUCAGCCCUGUUCUUUGCAAUGAGGGCUUCCAGGCUCUUUGGGGCAACUGUUUUUGCAGUUAACAGCUCCAAAAUCACUCAGAACACAGUUCUCCCAGGAAACCACCAACCCAUAUAUCUUGAGCACACACAGCUUGGGAAAGACAUCAAGGCGAGUACUGGACAGCUACACAUGCAAACUCUGUUCUUUUAAAGGCGAGAGUGGGGAAACAAGGCUUAACCAAAAAUCAUGUCAACCACUGGUCCUGCUCCUAGUCUCAACCAUUGAUCCAUUGAGCUUUUCCUCAAGCACAAUAGCUCACACACAUAGCAAUGGAUCUUAUUGAAGGCAAGUGUCCGUGGAUGCACACUAUGCUGGGAAAUUGACUGGUAAAGGGGCAGUGGUGGUGGGGCAGCUCCCAAGCAAGAGAGCACUCCAACCAGUGCAGUGCAACAAUACUAAAAACAAUCCUGCUUCAUGUUCGCUUUUUUAUUUUGUAGUGCUGAUAAAUUAUUAGCUUUGCAUUCUGCUGUUGCCUGUUGCUACUAUAUUUCUUUGUGUUUUGUAGUUUUGUUCCCACAAUGAGGGAUGAAUCUAAGUUGUUCCUUUUGAUGCUCAGUGUUCUGCUGCAAACAGAGUCAUUUUCACCGUCUAUCGUCUCCAUUUCCUAAGUGCAGGGCAGCAGGCAGAAUGAUUGUCCAAAUCCCCCUGCCCUGUUUUCCCCUUAAGUUUUCCUUUUGCUUCAUGGGCAGGCAGGAAUGUUUUUGAAAGAGGGGGGUGGGUGCAUGUUUGGCAUUUGACUCAGAAAAAAGAGACUAUGGAAGCAAUCCUAAACAGGUCUGCUGAGACAAGUCCCAUGUUAUUCAAUAGUGCUUACUUACUCUCAGAGAAGUGUCUUUAGAACUGCAGCCUAUGACUGAAGUCUUCCAGGGCUUUCAUUAAGUCUGACUAAUGGAACAGACUACUUGCAUACUCCCCCAGACUGUCAUGUUUGACUGUGCCCAUUCAUCCACGCCAAUAUUAAGUGUAUGGUCCAGAGUUGCCUCACUGUUGUACCUGGUCUUAUGUCGUAACUGAUAAGUACAUUCCUUAACUUGUAAUAACCACCUUUGUUUUCUCAGUCCCACAACAUAGCCAGCAGCUGCGAACAAUCUUUCCUAUUGAUAUUGUUCAGACUGACCUUGAAUGUCUGAAGUGUUGCAUCACUCGGUAUCUUGUCUGUCUCGUGUGUGAACUCUGAAGCUAUUUCCCAGACUACCUCUGAAUUUGUGGUUUAGGAGGGAGGGGGUUGUUUAAAUAUAUUGUCCGGGGUCUGAGCCCCAGCCCCCAGACUUGACAAGAGGGAACAGCAGGUCAACCGGGCUGACGGGCAAACAGAGGGGGCAGCCAGCAGCCAGCAGGUCAACCGGUCAGCCAGCAGGCAGUAGGUCAACCGGUCUGACUGGCAAGCAGAGGGGGCAGCCUGGGGACAGCAGGUCAUCCCCUCCCACGGGCAAAUGGAGCCAGAACCUGCCAGCGCCAGGGGCAAGAGGCAAAGGCCCAGGGCUUCAGGAGUCAGGGGGAGACAGAGAGAAGCCAGCGAGUCCCACUUCCCUGGGGAAGGAAAGGGGACUAAGCAAGGCAGAAGGGGGCAAGGGCAGAGGGAUUGGAGGCCCAGCAGUCACCCACCCAAAGACCUUACCUAAGGAGGAGAAGUGGCAGCAGCCCCAACAGCCCAAAGCCAUGCCCCAGCUAGAAAAUAGUAGCCUGGCCCAGGAGUUGCCAAAAGCCAAGCCACUCCAGGUGGGGCUAUUGGAGGCACUCUGCAGGAAGCCCUGGGCAACCAGCCAAGGAGCCGCAGCUGGACCCACCUUCAGCCAUCAGCUCAGCCAGGGAGGCCGAGCUGCUAGCCAGGGGACUGCAGCUGGACAGGCCUUCAGCAAUCAGCCAAGGCAGGGAGGCUGGGCAGCCAGGGAACAAGGCACAGCUGGUGCUGGUCAGUGGGGCCAGAUCAGCUACCCCAGCUGCAACUGCUUGGUGCAGCCCAAGACUGGGCUGGAAGAGGGGUGGGGCAGUAGAAGGAAGCCCUAUAAAAGCUGGCUGGGAAGAGCCCUGUGGUGGUGGAUGUGAGUAAGGAGUGAUAAUGUGGAGUGAGAGUGGUGCAAUGCAAGAGUGGAGGUUUGGAGGAGAGUUCUGGAAGGAGGGGAUGAAGAAGGACACAGGGGGCAAGCAGGCCAGGUUGAGCAGGCCAGCGAGUGGACUGAGAGGGAGUCUGGGUGAGGUAUACCGCCCCUCCUUUCACAGAGCAGGGUCCUGCAGCAUCCCUGGCCCUCCUAUGAUGUCAGGAGCAGACCGCCCAAUGCCACACCCAGCGGCAGCGGCGGCAAGCCCUGACAUAUAUUGCUUUGCAAUGGCCUGAAGCCUUAUUCCUUUCAAUGAGAAGUUACCAGGCUCACCUGCCUUUUACUUCAUGUACUCCUAUGGACCGGUGUAUAUGUACAAGAUUGAAUUCCUGAAUAAAUGUCAUUUAGCCAAGGACAUGGGUCUUGCUGAAGUGAUCCAGGGAUCUAUCUACCAUAACCUGUCCUCCGUAGUCUGACACAGACACACUUUUCUUCACAGGGACUGCCUGUUCUAGUGCCCUGAUAUGGGUGGAGGAGACUGACCAGUGCUUGGGUAACGCUGAAAAACAAACCAAGAUGCACCCUCAAACAGGUCUACUCAGAUGCAAGACUGAUGUUAUUCAAUGGUGCUUACUCCCAGGAAACUGUUUUUAGAAUUUCAGCUUGUGAGUUUGCACACUCCCCCUUUCAAGCAUUUCUAAAGCUGAUAGGUGGAGAAGGGUCUCCCCUUGUGAGAACUGAACUGGCAGAGGGAAUGCCAUCUCCCAGGAAGCAAUGCGGGGAGAUGCACUCGUGCACAUUGAGCUUAUUCCCCCUUUCUGCCAACAGAUUUUAAUUAAUAACUAAAGGGCUCUCUCCCCUUGAGAUUCGAUUGGUGAAUGGUAUUCAGGAAUACAAGACACUGCCGUGCAAGCCCAGUGCCUAGUGGUCGUGCUGUGAGGUAUGAACCGAAAUGAAACACAAAGACUUUUUGGUGGGAGUGUGUCAUUAUAAGUUGUUCUGCCACAUCUGGUUCUCUCUUCUGGAAGCUGCUUGAACAGAACAAAAUAGAGAUUUCCAGAUGUAUUUCUGGCUCCCCCCCCUCCCAAUUUGCACACCCUGAGUGGAAUCCCUUUGUUUGAGCUUUGUUUGAAUGUCUGACACAGGAAUGGUAAAAGGGAAAAUCUUCAGACCAGGCCUCAUAGCUGGGGGCUUUGAAGAAUGGACAGGACUCCAUCACCCCCUGCCUGGCUUAAGGCUAGUAUGUUUGACUUCUACUGCAAUGUAUCCAGUUCAACCCUGCCUUUCUUCCCCAAAGCAGGACACAAAGUAGCUUACAAUUAAUCUGAAAGCAAAGAAAAACCCAAUAGAUACAUUAUGAAUGUGUUACUUGAGAUGGUCCUUGAAACAACAACAUGCAAUUUAUAUACCACCCUUCAGGAUAACUUAAUGCCCACUCAGAGUGGUUGACAAAGUAUGUUAGUAUUAUCCCCAAAACAAUCACCCUGUGAGGUGGGUGGGGCUGAGAGAGUUCUAGAAGAGCUAUGAUUGAGCCAAGGUCACCCAGCUGGCUUCAAGGGGAGGAGUGGGAAAGCAAACCCAGUUCUCCAGAUUAGAGUCCCGCUAUUCUUAACCACUACACCAAACUGAAAGACUGAAGACCCUGCCCAGGCAUUUCCCUUUCCUAAUGAUCCCUCUUUAAAGCAGGAUAGAAACUGGUUUUGAAAGAAACUGGGUCUCCUUGCCUUCACUUGAGGACUCAAGAUAGCAGGGACAGCAAAAACUGACAUCCAGGUCUAUUCACAAUUGAUCAGAGAACGUAAAUGACAAUAAAAUUUAAGAGUUGCUGCCCAAACCGUGGAAGGCAAUUUGAAUGGAAGGAACCUUGAAAAUCACAAUAAGCAAGAAGUGACAUGAUUCUCAUGACUUGUGUGAAAAUCUGAGCAAGAAGAGUUGGUUCCUGGGAGCCUCAAGUUGAGAAAGGAGUUCCAACAGGAAAUCCUGGAUACUUAGAGCCAAGCUACAAGUGACGCCUUACACAGGUUGGACACUUGUCAGCUUCUCUCAAGUUUUGAUGGGAAAU